CCAUUCUCAUCGCGGCGCGAACAGACCGUCUUUCUUCCAUCGUGUUCUCAGAGCCUCGCUCCUGCUCCUCGUCAGGACCUAACUCGGGAUCGGCAGAACAUCACCACUCGCCACCCAGCAGCGGACCGUCGUGGACACCUUUUCCCUCAACGUGGAACGCACACAAGUCCCUAUAAUCCAACAUCUAGCUAUGGACCCGUCUUGGCGUGCCGCCAUACUUUCCUCAACUGAGAUAUUCAUCGCACCCGAGAAAGAAUAUCAACACCAUUCCUAUGGCCACCCCCUUGGCAACUUCGCUCGCGUGCCGCAUGUAUCAAAAGUGAAAGUAGAUUGGAACCAAGUUGGAGGGCCGGUGCCAACGACCUUCGCUUUCCCGGCUCCUUGGGCUAUCACGCAUCUGGAAAUGGCGCUCAACGACUACGGCUCCCAUGAUAAACAUCCGCCACUGUCCGCCGUCCUGGAUGCUAUCAUGUCCUGCAAGGAUUCGCUACGCGUCUGUAUCGUCAAUACCGCCAUCGCUACAAUUGAGCCCGCGACGCUCGCUCCGAGUCAACCGGCUGUUAUCUUUCCAGUCCUCGAGUCCCUCACCCUGCACGACGAAGGGGCCUGCCUAGCGCUCCUCAUCUCCGCACCCAAUCUACGGUAUCUUUUCAUCGAGGGAAACCAGACUUGCGAAUCCGGGCCAGAGAAUCGAUACAUUUCGGAGGAGCAGGCGCUCUUCCGACUCAAGACGCUGCUGGACCGGUCGGGCGACUGCCCGCGUCUGCGCUCCCUCGUCUUGUUCAACAGCGAUCUCGACAAGGGCGAUCUGGUGGCGCUGCUUCGCCGCUUGCCCUCUCUAACCGAGCUUGAUCUCAUCGAAAUCUGGGAUGCCGAGGCCACCCCAGCUAUCUUCGACGCGCUCACGCGCAAGCCCGAGGAUCCGGCCUCUCUGAUGUUUUUGCCGGCUUUGACCAGCCUGACGAUAUGCGACGGGGCCGACGGAGGGUCCACUCGGCAUUCGGUCUGGUCGUGGUACAAGGUCGUCGUGAAAUCGAGGCUGAUUCCAAUGAUGGUCAAUGGCACCCAGCUCGCGUGCCUUCAGGAAUGUCAUACGGUUAGCGAGCAUUCCUUGGGUCCCGGAGUCAGAGGUGGCGAGGGCGACAUAACGUUGGAGUGUUUGGACGAGCUCAUGUCAGAGGAUGGCUCGGAUGUGGACAGCUAUGAUAUGUCUUCGGUUGAGUCCACUGACGGAGCUGAAGACUGAGCGCACUGUUUCGAAUGUGAGCAAGAUAUCAGUAGACUGUUACGCACUUCGUGCGAAUAGAACCGGCAGCGAACUCGGC